AUGCCAGCUGGGAUUCUCUCUCCACCGGUGCUGCUGAGGGUAGCGGUGCCGGGGGAAGGGGGUUCAGAUGAUGAUUUGGUGACUGCUUCCCAAAUAUCUGUCGAGGAAUCAAGCAUCUCUCGGGUAAUCAAUCAAAACAGGACCGAAAGCAAUAUCGGCAAUAGCCGGCGAGCUUUGCUAAAUGGCACUGAAGCAAAUCGACAGAAGAACCCAGCAAUUGAAAAAGAAUCAAGACGAGGAGAACAGUCGGUUCUGAUCUAUCUAUCUCAGUCUUUUCCUAUCUAUCUAUCUAUCUAUCCACCUCAGUCUGUUCCUAUCUAUCUAUCUCUCUGUCUGUCUGUUCUUAUCUAUCUAUCUAUUUUAGUAUGUUCCGAUCUAUCUGACUUAGUCUCUUCCGAUCUAUCUAUCUAUCUAUCUAUCUUAUCUGUUCCGAUCUAUCUAUCUAUCUAUCUAUCUAUCUAUCUAUCUAUCUAUCUAUCUAUCUAUCUAUGUCUAUUCAUUAUGUAUCGAAUAUGUAUCUAUCUAUGUUCAUAUCAUUCUCUGAUGAAUGUCUUUUUCGCAGCCCCUUCUUUUCUUUUCUCCUUGCUCUUAUUUAAACGACUGUCAAAGUUAAAAAAAGACUCCAAAUCUUUAUUCUCUCUCUCUCUCUCUCUCUCUCUCUCUCUCUCUCUCUCUCUCUCUCUCUCUCUCUCUCUCCCCCCAUACUAUGAAACGUCGUCUUCCUCUUUUGUUACCGUAUUAUUUCCAGAGCCUUUUUUAUUUCUCUCUCUUUCUCUCGCUCUCUUUCUCUUUUUCUCUCUCUCUCUUCCUGUUUCUCUCUCUAUUUCUCUUCCUUUUCCUUUUUUCUCUCUUCUUCUUUCUAUCUCUCCCUCUCUCUCAAUCUCUCUCCCUCUUUCUCUCUCUCUUCCUCUUUCUCUCUCUCUCUAA